AUGGCUGCCUUAAGGUAUGAGCUUCCUUCUCAAGGUCUUCUACAUAAACGGCCUCUAAUAGUAAGAGGGGAAGAUAUGGAAUUCAGCAAGUUUGGUUCAGAUGUAGCCUAUGAUCUGAUAUACGCAAGUGCAGUCUUCCUCCAUAUGCGUGCUGAACUUGUUUGGACUGGACUCGAAAGGCUAGUAGCUAAGUUGAAGCCUUACAAGGGGAGAAUCUUUGUGUCACAUAACAUAAAGUUUUGUACGCGUUUAGGAGACAAAUGCAUAGAGAGAUUAGCAGGCUUAGGACUCGAAUCCCUUGGGAGACAAACACAUGAUAGUUUGCUGUUUAAUCACUAG